AUGAAAAUUAAAGAAUCGCUUUACUUCAACCGCCUCGAAUAUGAGAGGAAGCUCGAGGCACUGGUUGCAAACCAGGGAAUGAACGACAUUAGAGAGCGAGAGGUUCUCAAGAACCGCCAAAUAUACGGCUACUCUACCAAGAUUGGGAUGGGCGCCAUCCUCUGGCUUCCGACCAUGGGAUUGUCGACUUUCACAUCCCUUGUCGGCUUCCGACAGCUUUGGGUAGCGUGCUCAAAGCUAGAAGUGGUCAAUGGUAUCAUCAAGAAAUACAAAAUCACGCCGUAUCAGUGCAAUCUACGAGAUCGUGUGAUACCUAUCGUUAUCAAUGUGUUAACGGCUGGUAUUGGCUUUGGGACAUCAGCGCUGCUCAGCGAGAUUUCAACCAUGGGAGUUGAGGGAGCAUCAGCCCAAGGGCUAGUCUUCGAUCCGCCAACAAGUCUCGGAGAGAUAGCCGACUCAGCUGCGGCAAAUCCCAGCGCAUUCGCUGAUGGCUUCUUCCACGGCGCCGAAGCUCAGGUUGAUGCGGCUUCCGCUGCGCUCGGCCCUGGCAAUGCUGCUGCAAAUGUGACCCAGGCAACCAUGGAAAACGCGGUUCCUCUCUCAGUGGGCGGCGAGUUCAUGGAUGGUGGUAACGUCGGGUACGCAUCAGCGGCAGUCGUGGAGCGGUUCUUAGUGCAGCAUGCUGUGGCCAGUUCACUUGAGCAUAUGGCUGACCAAAGUGCGCGUAAUGAGCUCUACAGAAGAAUCACCCAAGAUCAACAGGUUGCCGAAAUGCGCCCUAGCGAGGAAAUGUAUAAGUGGCAUCAAGAGCUAGAUGAGGUCCAGACUGCCAUCCAAGUGCAAUAUGUCGAGUUGGUCACAGCACAUUCAGAGCUACUGAACAGAGGCAGUACAGAGCGAAACCUUGAAUUUUCGUCAAUGAAGAUGCGGGAUCAGGUAGUGUCACUCGAUUCAAGGGCAAGAGAUGACUGUUUGAACGCUGAAGACUGCCAGAAAGCUCGGUUUGUUAACGCAUGGGUUUGUUGUCUAAAGAGGUGGGAGGAGAUACUUAAAAAACAGGCUAUUAAGCAGGCUGAGUGGCAGAUAAUUAUUAAUAAGUGGCAACACUGCUAA